GCACUGCUUGUGGAGAUCCAUGGCUCUUAUGGUAGGACUUCUCCUCCAGGCUCCCAGCACGGUGACACUGCUCGGUACUGUGCUGUUUCUGCUGGUCCUCUACCUCCUCUACUCUGGUUCCAACUCUGAGGAACAGGGAAAGAAGCCUCCAGGACCCAGGCCUCUGCCCCUGCUUGGUAACAUGCUCCAGCUGGAUCUCAAGAGGCCCUACCGCACCCUCUGUGAGCUGUCCAAGAAAUAUGGGUCUGUUUUCACGGUUCACUUUGGACCCACAAAAGUGGUCAUCCUGGCAGGAUACAAGACGGUCAAGCAGGCGCUGGUCAACCAGGCAGAGGACUUUGGGGACAGGGGCAUGCUUCCUGUGUCCUAUGACUUCACCAAUGGACAUGGUAAUGUAGGAUAUGUGAAACUUGUAAUCCGGUUAACUGUUGCAAUCGACAAUAUUCUGCCAAGCAAGCAUAUUUGGUGCUGUAACAGACCCACAUAUUUGACAAAGUUUUUAUUUUCUCAAGAGAUGGGCAAGAAAGUGAUUGAAGAGAAAAUCUUAGAGGAAAUUCCCUACCUGAUUGAAGUGUUUGAAAAUCACAAGGGUAAAGCAUUCGACACAACCCAGCCAUUGAGUUAUGCUGUCUCCAACAUAAUCUCCAACAUUAUAUACGGCAGCAGGUUUGAAUACUCUGACCCCAAGUUCAAAGCAACUGUAAAACGAGCCAGUGUCAACCUCCGAAUUGCUGGCUCCGUUUCAAUACAGUUGUACAACAUGUUCCCCUGGCUGGGCCCUGGGCUGAAAAGCAGGAAGCUGUUGUUGAAGAAUAUUGAGAACAACAAGAAGGAGAUGAGGGAGCUGGUGAGGGGGCUGAAGGAGACUCUCAACCCUCAGAUGUGUAGAGGCUUUGUGGACUCGUUCCUUGUCCGAAAGCAGACCCUGGAGGAAUCUGGCAACAUGAACUCUCACUACCAUGACAAAAACCUGAUAUCCUCUGUGGGCAACCUGUUUUCUGCUGGUACAGACACCACAGGGAACACCCUACGCUGGGCUUUGAUGCUAAUGGCCAAGUACCCCCUUAUACAGGACCGGGUCCAGGAGGAGAUCAGCAGGGUUAUAGGAAGUCGUCAGCCCUUAGCAGAGGACAGGAWGAACCUGCCCUACACUGAUGCAGUGAUCCAUGAGACCCAGCGACUGGCCAACGUUUUACCCAUUGCCAUCCCUCACACCACCAGCCGAGACAUCACCUUCCAGGGAUAUUUCAUCAAGAAGGGGACGCUUGUGUUUCCUCUACUGACGUCUGUCCUACAAGACGGAAGCGAAUGGGAAAGCCCACACACCUUUAACCCCGCACACUUUCUGGAUGAGGAAGGUCGAUUCGCCAAGAGGGAUGCCUUCAUGCCCUUCUCUGCAGGUCGUAGGGUGUGUCUGGGGGAGGGUCUGGCCAGGAUGGCGCUCUUUCUCUUCUUCACCUCCCUCCUGCAGCGCUUUCAUUUCUCUCCUCCUCCUGGAGUAACAGAGGAUGAUCUGGACCUCACACCGGCCGUGGGGUUCACCCUCAAUCCUUCACCUCACCAGCUGUGUGCUGUGAGCCGGGUCUGAGAUGAGUCUGGGCCUAAUGUAUAUUAUACAUGACUUAUUAUACAUGAACAAAUGCUCCACUUUAGACAAACAUGCUGAAACAGCUUACCUCACCGGCUGUGCUGUGAGCCAGGUCUGAGAUGAAACCAGUCCCUCAAUGGUUUUGGUUGAAUUUGAUUGCUCUACAUUCCGACAAUGUAAUUGAUUGAUACAAAGCACRGCUAUUAUGUAUGUACAGAAUGCUUGUUGUUUUUGCUUGCUGUCCUGCCUUGUCUGGGACUGGACAGCUGUUGRCAAGCUUAGCAAAGUCAAUCAGUUUUCUAGCUAAUGUUAUCAUUAGUUGACACUAAUAUAUAUACCCUUGUGGGAAUGUUUUUAUAUGACUAGCAAGCAUACUUAGCCAGAUAUGCUAGCUAGAACAAAUAACUACCACUAACUAUCUAGCUCCAGCAGGAGUGGAAGUUCAGCUGCCUACUUUCACUCCAUUAGCAGUUCCAGAUGUUGAAGACUUGAAACAAAAAUAAUGCAUUUACACAGGAAACCCAAUUCGGAUCUUUUUCCACUGUUUAGUAUUUUGWCCUACCAGAUCAGCUCUUUUGCCUACAAUUGGACAAAAGACUAGAAUUGGGCUGCCUGUGUGAAAGCAGCCAAAAGGUCUCACUUAAAGUGAAGAUGUUUACAAACUGAUCGCUAGCUGGUGGCUAGUUUAAGCUACUCCUUGUCCAUUGAUGUUAGCUAGUGGUUAGCUUGAGCCACAUUAGCUACUAGUGACUAUUUACAUAUAAUAUAUUGGAACAUUUGGGCAUGAAAAUCUAACUUAUUGCACUUUUAAGCUUUCUUGUUCUGUUCAAACGGGCCAACCAAAGGUACAUAACACUAACUGUGUCAGUUAUUGAUAACCACUAGAUGAUUGACUCUGCUAAGCUUGGAUACACCCCAAAGAUAAAUAAGCUAAGACGUAGGCUUCUGAUUAGCCUUUGACUAUUUGAUUAGUAGCGUGUCAGAGAGCUCCAUAUGUAUUGCUAAUCAAUAAACCCGUUGAUGAGUGUGCUUGACAUCGGCACCAGUUCGUCAAA